AUGAAUUAGUCAGAUUGGUUUUCUAUAGAAAAUGAUGAAGAUUUCCUUUAAUAAGGGGUUAAUUAAUAGAAAAAAGUAAAAUCUGAAAUGGAAAAUAUUGUUUCCAAAUAUGAGAAAGUAAUCUUAGAAGAAAAUUUAAUCAAAUAUAUUGUAAUUGCUUCUAAGAAUGAUGAUCCUUCUAAAAAGGUUAAUGAAAAAUCUAGAAUAAAAAUAAAGUGUGAAGAAAAAGAUGAAAAAGCUAAUUUGCUUAAUCCAACCCAAUAUCUAAAUACAUUUAAAAUUUCCUUAUCUUCAAGCAUUCCUCUUAUAAAAGGAUUUCGUUUAGCCCUAUUAUCUAUGAAAGAAGGCGAAAAAGCUUGGUUUAAAAUAUCAGGAGACUUAUUAGAAAAACCUGAUAAUAUUGAAAAUUCUUUAAAAGAUCAUGUAAAAUAUUAUUUGAUACAUAUUGAAGAAGUAUCACAACCAUAAUAACAAUUAGAUGUUACAAAUGUUGAAAAGUAAUUUUUCAUUAUUAUUUAUAGUCGUUUAAUAUAAUUGGAAAAGUUCAAAGAAGAAGGAAAUAAAUUAUUUUAAAAUGGAGAUUAUAUUGGGGCUGCUUCUAGAUAUUUGAGAGGAAUUAAUUUUAUUGAAAAGUGGCCUAAAAAUUUGAAUAAAGAAAAAAACUCUGAAAAAAUAAAAGAAGACUUCUAUCUUGUCUUAGUAAGUAAUCGAGCAUAAGCAUUAUUAAAAUUGAAAGAUUUUUAAGAAUGUUAAAAGAUUUUAGAGCCAAUAAUGCAACGCCUCGAAUAAAGAGUAUAAAAUUUAAAUUAUAUCUCUUAAGGAAUAUAAGAUUAAGUGUUAUUACAGACUUAUUUCAUGUUUAAUUAAUUUAGAAGAAUACUAGAAGGCUCUAGAUUAUAUAAAUAUAAUUAAAGAAGAUUCUAGAUAUCCUUAGUUUGAAUAAAUAUUUAAGGAACUUGAGGAUGAUUGUAAUUAGGGUCAAUAAAAAUGA